AUGACACUUCUCUUCCUGAUCUUCACGAGCUUCGCAGUACUCGUACUACUGACAAGUGCCCGCAAUGAAGAUGCAAUCGUGACGCGUCUGCCUGGUUUGAACCUCCCAGCGCUGUCGUUCAAGCACUUCAGCGGUCAUUUUGAGCUGUUAAGCAGCGAGAAGAUCUUUUACCGGUACGCCAAAAUUCAGCACGAGCCUGCAGACGCCCCCAUUGUGCUGUGGCUCAAUAGCGGUCCAGGAUGCUCAUCGCUUGGCGGUUUCUUCACGGAUAACGGACCUUUUGUCGUUCAGUGCGAUCUGUCCAUUCAGCUGAACCGGUACGCGUGGAAUCGGAAGGUGAACAUGCUGUGUCUCGAGGCUCUUGCUGGCGUGGGCUUUAGCGGUGAGAGCUACGCUGGCAUGUACAUUCCCUACCUCGUGGAUCUGUUGGUAGAGCAACCGCUGCAAGGCGUGAACCUCAAGGGCUUUGCGAUCGGAAACCCGUUCACGGACAAUCUGAUCGACGGCAACGCCUACGUCGGCUACUACUACUCGCACGCGCUCAUGUCGCUUGAAGCUUACGAGAAGAUCAAAGUGCACUGUGGGGAAUCGAUCGGCUGUCUCUAUGAUGGUUUGACCUGUCCGAUUAAGUGUGGAGAGCUCCCACAACGGGCUCAAGCGGAAGACGAUGAGGAGGCACUGAACCCGUACUUCAUCUGCGGCGACAAGUUCCUGCUGGAUUACACGCAGGCAAGGGCGUUACGUAAGCAGACCACGUCUGUCAUGCAGAUGUCAUCAACGCACCGCGGCGAUAUCGGACCUUCUGCAGACUCACUUAAUCGCGCGUACCUCAACCAGCCAGAGGUAAAAGAAGCCAUCCAUGCACCGCGACUGGGUGUGUAA